CAGUGGUAAACAGACGUCAGAAGGGAGUCUUCGCGUCGAGUCAAAACAAAACAAACGCAAACAAACUAUUAAAGAGCCCCGAGGAGCGCAUCUUCGGACCACCGGGACGACGACAGCCUCAAGCCGAGUCGUCGCCGCCACCACACGGCCACCUCGGGCGAGUUCUUAUUGGCUUUCGGCGGACUUUUCGGCGCCUUGUAAACUCCGGAGUAGCAGGAGCUUAAGCGGCUAACGUGACCGGGGGGCGACCCGGGGCUUGUUUUCCCCAAAGUUGGGAGUCUCAUCCCGGGGGCACUUGCUCGACUCCUCCACCGAAGGGGCUUUUUUUUUUCCGGUUACUUGUUGGAAUCGAGGCGUCGACGUCGCGGGGGUAGAAGCCCGGCGGGGCGAGCUCCGGGGCCUCGGCGGAGUCGGAGGUGUUUUGUAACUGCCUCUCGUGGCAUCGUGUGCGGCGCCACGAGUGGACAAUCAUGGCAGAUGGCGACAUGUGGCGGAGUGUGCACACCUAAAAACACCGCACCUUUCUGACUGGUUUCUUUUAGUCGCUUACGGUUAGUAAGUAAAACUCACCUCUUUCUUUUUGUCCUUUUUUUUUUGUAAGUAAUCACCACCAUUUUGUAGUCCCCCCCCCCCAACUAGUGGUUAAAGCGGUGUUGUGGUUGUACGUCGUAAGGCUCGGCCCAGACUGAGCUGUCAGUGUGUAGUCGUCGUAGCAUUGGUGGUCUUUUGACGUCUUUUUAAAAGAAAUUGGGUCGUUUUUUAAUUUUUUAUUAUUUAUUCAUUUUUUUAGCCCACACAUUAUUAUUAUUUGUUUUACGUCUAAUUUAUUUUCCUCAAGCGGAAAUUCAACUAGCAACACCUAUCAACAUCAUCAUCACUUUGUUUACAAACUCAUCCAUUUACUCUCAAACUCCCUACUACUAAAAGUAAUUAUUUGAAAGUACUUUUCAUGUUUUAGUCCAAAUUUAUGUUGCUAGGCAUCUUCUUUUUGUUAAUAGUCUAUUUAUAAAUAAAAAAGAUUUCAGAUUAUUCCUCCACAAGGGGAAUUCACAACUAUUUCAAACAAAGGAGCUCCCGUUUCCUCCGCUAUAAAUCAGAAGCUUUAUGACAGUUUGUAUAAAAGGGAUUAUUUGGGUUCCCUAAUCUCCAAUCUGAGGAUUAGCUGGAGAUAUUGGUGUGCCCAGAUUAUUAGUCUUUUUUUUUUGAUAGGCCCCCAGUGUUUACAGUCAGUAUAUUGUUAUUUUUUCCUUCCUGGGAUAAAAACAUUGGAGGUGGGUUUUAAGUAGUUCCGGUGUUUCUGGAGUAGAGCGGAACUAGCGAGGAGGUGGAGGAGAAGAUCACAAUGGAGGAUUUGCUGGUGCCUCCCAUUGACCCGGAUUUUGAGCCGCAGAGCCGUCCCCGUUCGUGCACGUGGCCGCUGCCCCGGCCGGACAUCUCGGCCGUGAAGCAGGAAGCCCCCGACGGCGCCGAGUCCGCCGCCGGGACCCCGUCAGCCGACGACGAGAAGCCGGAACCGCAGCAGCGGCAGCAUGCGGCGGUGUCGACGUCCGAGCCGGAGAAGGCGGCGGGGCCGGGGACGACGGCCGACGCCGCAGCCGUCGGCGGCGUGACGCCCCGCAAAGGUUCGUCCAGGCGCAACGCUUGGGGCAACCAGAGCUACGCCGACCUGAUCAGUCAGGCCAUCGAGAACUCGCCCGACAAGAGGCUGACGCUGGCGCAGAUCUACGAGUGGAUGGUGAAGACCGUGCCUUACUUCCGAGACAAAGGGGACAGCAACAGCUCGGCCGGGUGGAAGAACUCCAUCCGGCACAAUCUGUCCCUGCACAACAAGUUCUUGAGAGUUCACAAUGAGUCGACGGGCAAGAGCUCCUGGUGGAUGCUCAACCCUGAAGGGGGAAAAACGGGCAAAGCCCCUCGCCGCCGCGCCACCUCCAUGGACAACAGCAGCAAGCUGCUGAAGAGCCGCAUGCGCGCCAAGCAGACCAAGAAGCAGGCGGGCGCUGGGGCCGGUGGCGAGGGGGUGCUGCAGGGCGAUGGCGCAGCGGGUGCCGGGGGGGCCGGCGCCGAUAGCCCCAACUCGUCCCAGCAGUUCCCCAAGUGGGGCGUGAGCAGCAGCAGCCCCUCGUCCCGGGGAAGCCUGGACGACUCAGACAUGUGGACCAGCUUCCGGCCGCGCACCAGCUCCAACGCCAGCACCCUGAGCGGGCGGCUGUCGCCCAUCGCGCCGGGGCAGGAGGACGACGACAAUCUCCCAGAGGACGGGCUGCUGGGGCGCUACGCCGCCAGCGCCCUGACGCCCACCCUCGCCGAGACCCUCAUGGAGGAGCUGGACCUGAUCGACGGGCUGACUCUGAUGAGCGGCCAGCAAGGCGGAGCCAGUCCCAGCACGGCCCCGCCGGCGCCGCCCACCCCGCUGCCGUCCGCCGCAACCCUGCUUCCCCGCGGCUCCUCGUCCUUCUCCCCCUUUCAUCAGCUGCAGGGGCCGCAGACCCCUGCCCAGGCGUCAGUGGGGCCUGCCGGCAAGGAUGCCGCCGCUGCCUUCAGCAACUCCCUCUUCAACUCCUCUCAUGGUGCCACCGCCCACUACGGUACCCACGUGCCCUCCAGCCUGGAGGUGCUGCUCACCUCAGACUCUCCUCCUCCCACAGACGUCCUCAUGACGCAGGUUGACCCUCUGGUGCCCGCCCCUGCGGGCCUCAUGGGCUUGGGCUCCCCGGUGGUGGGCGUGAGGCCCAAACCCACUCAGCUGCUGCUCGGUAAGAGCCUGGAAGCCAACGCGGUGGGCCCUCGCACCCUCCAAGGUCCCUUGCAGCACCACCUGCACCAUCAGCAGCAGCACUCCCCUCUGGGUCUGGGCAUGAUUCUCUCCGGUAUGUCCCAGGACCCGCUGCAGAUGCCCGGCCUCAAGGCGCAGCACGCCGCCCCUCAUCACCCCGUCCCCACGGCCUGCCCUACCGCCAUGCAAGGCGUGGGCCUGUUCGGGGCGCCGCCCAGCUUCCAGGCGGCGCCUGACCGGCUACCCACUGACCUGGACGUGGACAUGUUCACCGAGAACCUGGACUGCGACGUGGACUACAUCAUCAACAGCGACCUCAUGGAUGGAGACAGCAUCGACUUCAACUUUGACCCCAUCUUGCCCGCGGGGCAAGGCUACGCCGGGCCGGCCACCACGCAGGGGUCCGCCCACAACUGGGUGCCCAGCUAAAGAGUUUGCCAGGAGAGGAGACCCCGCUUCUCAGACGCGGUCCCCCAAAAACUCUGGCCGCGGCACAACUCGGACUGGCCUCUCGUCACGUGCCAAGACAACGACCGACUAUGCAAACACUUUUUAACCCCUCUUCCUCUUCCUCCAUUUAAAAAAACAAAAACAAACAAAAAAUAUUUCUUUUGAAAACAUGGCAGGAGGGCCACUUUCUUCAUCAAGACUUUCUCAACUUUCCCUGAGAGUUGGCAAGAUGUUGCGCACAAACAUCUUUCAUGUGGAUGCGGUACACUUCGGUACCCUGUUGUUGGCCUCUGGAUGGAGACCGCGUGUGCAUGUGUGUGUGUGUGUGUGUGUUGAAGAAAUGGCCAGUUUCCCCUGCAGGAGGAGCCUGCAGGUCGGUACGAAACGAUGACGCCGACGAUCGUUUCUUACUCGAGACGAUGCAUGACUUUUUUUAUUUUUUUUGGCUGAUUUAACACUAAUUGUUAUGUGGGCAAUUGAGUUUUUGUUUAGAUUUAUUUUUUUUCACCUCCAUGCGGUGUGUAGUUAAGCAGGGUACACACAUAUUGAUAAUCAGAACACCUUUCUGCAGUUUUUCAUUCCCCUUCCGAUCAAAGUCUGCAAAGCCCCGAUUAAUGCAUCUCCAAAAAGAUUGUCCUGUGGCAUGCGGUGUGUUAACAGGGAUGUACCCACCCCGAUUUAAAUCGGAAAGCAACUUGGGCUGAAAGUCGUACAUGUUAAACCUGUUCAAUAUUUACGAUCACAAAUACUUGUGUGUGUGUGUGUGGUCAACACCAAGUUGGGCUGAGCCACAGAGUCUGAUUGUGACGUGAAACGGAACUAUAGCUAAUUAAGCGGGGAACUCGAAUACCAUUUAAUUGGACCAGAUUUCUGCAUUUUACCUUUUACGAUCAAAGUCAGCUAAGGUCUAAUUAUCAGAUAUCUCUAAAAGAUUAUCCUGAGUGAUUGUGGUGUGGUGUGGUGUGGUGUGUUAAGAGUAAUUGCCCCCCCCCCGAUUGAAUUAGAAAAACGGCCGGGGCUGAAUAUCUUACAUGUUAAAUGUGUUUAAUAUUUACAAUUGCAAAUCCUUGUGUGUGUGGUCAGCACCAAGUUGGGCCGAGCCAAAGACUGCGUGAUUGUGAGGUGAAACAGAAUGAUAGCCAGGGAAGCAGGGUGAUAAUCGUUACAAAUUUAAGCAUUUUUCAUUCCGGUCAAAGUUGGUUAAGGCCCAAUGGGCUCUCAAAGAUGAUCUUGUGCUGUUUAAUAUUUACAAUGGCAAAUCCUUUUGGGUGUGGGCAACACCAAGAUGGGCUAAGCCACGGAUUUCCCAAUUGUGAAAUGAAAUGGAAUGAUGGACAAUUCAGCGAGGUAUGCACAUACUGAUAAUCGCACCAAAUUGAAUCUUUUUUCACUUUUUACUAUCAAAGUUGGCAGUGGCACAUUUAUUUGAUCACUUGAGUGAUUAUCCGGUGGUGUGUGUUGGCAGUGGACCCCCCCCACCCCACUCGUAUAUAAUCGGAAAAUGGUUGGCGUCGACAAUCGUAAAUAUUAAAUCUGUUUAAUAUUUACGAUCACAAAUCCUUGGGCCAAGCCACGUACACUGCGAUUGUAAUCUGAAACUAAAUGAAAGCUACUUAAGUGGGGUACUCUCAAACUGACAAUAAGACCAAAGUUAAGUGUUUUUCACCCCUUAAAGUCAGCAAAGGUCAGAUUAUCCUAAAUGAUUAUCCUGUGGUGAGUGCUGUGUGAAGAAUGAUUUUGCCUUCCCAAUCUAAUCGGAAAGCGGUCAGGGCCAGUAAAGUCAAUGUUCGACCUGUUCAAUAUUUAUGAGCGCAAAUCCCCAUGUGUGGUCGACACUGAGAUCGGGCGAGCCACGGACUCCGUGAUUGUGACGUGAAACGGAAUGACUAGCCAAUAUAUCGGGGUGAUAAUGGUGCCAAAUCUGAGCAGUUUUCAUUCCGAUCAAAGUUGGCAAAGGCCCGAUUGUUGGGUGUCUCUGAAAGCUUAGCAUGCGGUGUGGGGUGUUUUGAGGGAGUUUUCCUGACAAUCGUAAAUAUUAAACGUGUCCAGCUGUCGAUAGUUGAUUACACCCAUACUGAUAAAAUGGGACACAUUUCUGCAUGUUUCCCUUGCCGCUUCGAUUUCUUCUUUGACACGUGUGAGUGGCCUGUGGCACUGCGCUGCCUCUCUCAGUUCAGUCUUGGUACUCAACAGACGUCUGGUUUUCAUGGAGGAGACUGGCGAUUGUCGCAAGAAUACUUUCCAUGACAUGGGCUCUCGCAUUUAAAGAAAUAUAUAUAUAUAUAUAUAUAUAUAUAUAUUUUUUUUUAAUUUGUAUGUGUGUACCCCGCUUUAGACGUCAUUAGUUGUAGGUGCAUUUGUUUAAAAAACUUGGUGCAGUUGCCAACACGUGAUCCCUUGGCUUCUUAUCAAAUGUGGCUACCUUAUUUUUGUAUUUUCCCUCAUGUGCAUUUUCCUAGCACUUAAUUAUGACCAGGACCGUACAAGCGUACGUACUUUUACCGUACUUUUUUUUUUGGUUAGAAACAUUUCAUCAACGUGAUGCACACGUUGCACAUAAACGACACACUAUGCAGAUUUAUCAAGAGAAUUUAAAAGCAUCUUGAAGGAAAAUUUAAAACAACAAAACAUGAAGGGUUUUGCCAUUUCGUCAUCGUGUACCCUCACUAACUUGAAAAAGAAUAUAUUUGGUUCUAGCUUUAAUAUACAAUCUAGAUGGAGAAUAAUAGAGAUGCUACUUAUAUUACUAAUAAUGACAAUGUUUUGUUUUUUUCUACAUUGGAGAUGCAUUUUUCAGAUUUGUAAUUGCGAUUUUUCUACACAUUUUUGUAAAUGUUGACAUGCAUGUAGAUUUGUUUUUUCUUUUUACAUAACCAAAGGAACACUAAUAAUACUUGCAUGGCAUUUAGGGGCACACUCGGCCCGACAAGGUAUUUCAGUGUACAUAAGCUUUUUUUUUUUUGGGGGGGGGGGGGUGUAUUUUUCUAGCUUUUCCACAUUACUCAUCUCAACACAAAAAGUAAAAAAAAAAAUAAAAUAUAUGACUCAUACAACCAUUACCUCUCAGGUCGCUUGGAAGAAGGAAACAAGCUCAAUCAUGUGACAACAGGCAACAACAACAAAAACUAUUUAUUUUUUUAUUUUCUCUGCCACGACUGGAAACUGUUGCUCUCGAGAACUCGCAGUCUUUAAAAAGUCUCCUGCUAUGCAUUCAUGCCGGGUGUAGUCUUUUUUGUUUUGUUUGUUUUUUCCCCCUCUCCAAUGCUGAUAUGAAACACUAGCAUGAUGUUGCUAUUAGUGUGUACACAAAUUGUUCUCAUUUUUUAUUUUUUAUUUGCUAGCCCUGUACAGUAUGUUCACCUGUCAUUUCACACUUUAAAAACAAGUUAAUUUUUACUUGGGGGGGGGACAAAAAAAAAACAAAGCACUAUUUGCUUUGGAGUGGUGCUGGAAGUCAUUUUGGAUACACAUCAGGGCCUUGUUGUUGUUGUUGUUUUGUUUUGGUAAAAGUUACCCGGAAGUAAUCAAUAAUCCUUUUACUUGCUUUGAACUGUCUUUUUUUUUUUUUUUUAAAUCGCUCCAUAUUUAGUCCCCAACAUGCUCACUUAUUGAACUCGAUGAAAUAUAAUGUCCCAAUCAUUUGAUGAAUUUGGUGUGUAAUGUUAACGAGAAGGAAGUGGGUGUGCGUUUGGGACAAAUUGCAGUGGAAAGCUGUUUGACAUUUAUUCCAUAUCCUACUAGUGCACUCAUGUACUAGUAUGCUCUGUGCCCUCACUAGUAAGGCAAUUAAGUGUACUAGUAGAACAACGGUCUGACUAAAGUUAAGUUUUUUUUCCCCCACUGGUGCCACUUCUACUAGUACACAAACCUUAUUAGUAAACUACUGUGCUACACAACCAGCAUUACAAGCCUCAACUAGUAGACAUGUCACGCACUAGUAGCACGAUGUUACAGAUUUAAGCUGUUUGAUCUUUCUUGUACUAGUACGCACGUUGUCUUCACUUGUAAGACAAUUAUGUGCACUGGUAGAACAACUUUUUGUGCACUAGUAGGACAACUGCAUGUUACUAGUGAGCCAAAACUGCACUAGUUGACAACCAUGCUACAAGUACUACCAGGUAACAUCUAACGGUUCACAAGUAAUACAAUACUAUUGAAUUCUAAUAGUUAAUGUCUAGUGGUUCACCAGUAGAACUAGAAGCAUGUAUACGGUUUUGCUUCACUAGUAGCUUGUAGUUGUCCUCCUCGGAUUUCAAGUUGUCUUACUAGUGUGCAGAAAUGUAAUUCAGUAGUGGGGGGGGGAAAACAUUGUUCUACUAGUAUGCUGAACUGUCUUACUAGUACACCCAGAUGUGAACUAGUUUGACCUUAGUAGAGACAUAGUUGUUCUAUUAGUGAGGACAAAGAGCGUACUAGUACAUGGCCCUUAAGAUGGAGAUCAAGAAGACGGAAUAAAUGCUCACAAGGCUUUCCAUAAAUGUUUUUGUGUAUUUUAGUUUUCGCUUGCACUUCUUGAAAAGGCGCGCGCGUUUGUGCUCGCUCCCCUUCCAUUUGAUCAUUGUUGUCUCCUUGAGCUAGUAGUCCCCCUCCUGUUUAUGAUGACCUCUAAAGGUUGCCCCAACAUACAGUAUUUUAGAAUAUUAGCUUAACGGAAUGAGUGCAUUAAGCAAUUUUGAGUUCUUGAUGAUUUUGUUGUUUUGGAUUGAUUGAUCUCGAUAAAUAGUCCCCCGUCUUCCUCGUCUCUUUUUCUCACGGAACGCUCGAUUGUCCGCAUCUGCUCAAAAACAGCAAUUUAACGAGUCAAUAAACUGCUUUAACCCA